AUGUUUCAAAAACCAGGGAAAGCCAUGAAAACGGACUUCUACGAGGCCGAAAUACUGAAGUCCCUCGACGGACAUUUUCCCAAAUCGGUCGCCCACAUCGACGAGCCUGCAAACGUGGACAGCAUGUUGAACGAAGAAGCGUCUUCGGAUUCGAACGCAGAGAAGAUGUUCACAGCGGAAAACAUUCCAGAAAUUGUGAAACUAUUCAAAGAGGCCGACACUGAUGAAAGUGGAGGCCUGGACAUGGACGAAUUUUAUGAGAUGAUGGCGCAAAUAAACACAGAUAUCACAAAGGAGGAGGUCCGCGUCUUACACAUGAAAAUUGACACAAACUGCGAUCGAACGGUGGAUCUCGGAGAACUUCUGCACUAUCUCCUGCAGAGAAAUGAGCAAGCAGAGACUCUGGACUACAAGAACAUACUUUUCCCAUAUGAUUUCACGUACACACAGACUGACUGUCUGAAACCAAUUGUGAAAAUGAUUUGCCGACCCUCCAAUCUGAAAACCACCCAGGAUUUCCGGGACUACUGCUUAGUGGAACCGAUCAGAUCUUACAAAAACUAUAAUUACAUCACGGUCACAACAAAUGGCACGCUGAAAUACUGGUCGAAUGACCUAAAGAUAUCAAAAUGUAUUCCCCUUCAAGAAAGAGAGACGACAACACCUGCAUAUCACCAUACCCCCAAAAUGCAUGUUUUCGAUGUGUUGUACAUCAGCGAUCUCAAAAUGCUCGCUGUCUCAACGUCUGACAGAGAGAUCUUAUUCUAUAAUUGUGAGCACUUUUCUGAUUUAACGAGAAUCAAAUUCUGCAUCUUGGAGGAAGAGUUUACAACCAUGGACUACUAUUGUAAUGGGAACAAGGGCAUUUUUGCGUGUGGCGACUCAAGAGGAUUUUUGUUUGUGUACGUCUCCUAUUACAUCCACGACAAUGGCCUUUUCAACAAGAAGAAGUUCCAAAGAAGCUCUUUUCGACACUACCCAACUGUGACCGUCUCGUCUCUGCUGUCUUCCACCUGUGAAAACUUUGACAGUCUUAGGAUUUUCAUGUUUGAUGACAUUUGCACUCAAGUGCAAUACAUUCCAUCUUUACAGUCUUUUACCGUGUGCGGUGCGACAUCCAAAUUCAUGGCCGUCGUGGAGUGCAUGUUUGACCAAGAGAGAAGCGAGCCUGCUGUCAACUCGCAGAUCUAUAGAAGCCCUGGGAACUACAGAUACUACAAGUCCGUUGCGUAUUCUCCUUGGUCCAGGUAUUUCUUGACCGGUGGAAUGUCUGGCGUUCUACGGGUGUGGUUUCCUCACAAAACCAAGUCAUAUGAACGUGAAUUAAUAGGACAUAAGGAAACUGUCACCCAUGUUGUGUACAAUUCCAUAGAGAAAAUGUUUGUCACCAUAUCAGCAGACAAACAGAUAUGUUUUUGGACUGAUGGAGACUGGAACCUCAAGCAGCGUAUUAUUCCCAGUGGCUUGAUACCAACAGCCCCAAUCACCAGUGUAUGCUACAACAUACACAACAAUGAGUUUUAUGUUGCUAACUCAGUUAUUGGAAAAUGUUUUGGAAGGGGAACCAAUGUUUUCCAUGAGACCUUGAAAUCCCACCAAAUGCCUUUGUGCAGUAUGCUCUAUCACGGGAUUUAUAAGCAAGUUAUCUCUGUUUGCCAGAAAGGCAUUGUGACGGUGUGGGAUAUCUUGACCGGAAAGGCUGUUAUGGAGUUUGACCUUACACCAAGCAAGCAGAAGAUUGCUGGAAACACAUUCAUGUCAUUCGAUGACGUCAACCGCAAACUGAUCACUAUUUCUUGUGACAGGUUAAUAAAACAUUGGAACUUUAACAGCGGAGAACAGCUGGAAACCCUAGAAGACACCUUGCCGAAUGACGUGACCUGCAUUGUCCUCAUGAACGAUGACAUGUACAUUUCCACAAAGGAUUCCGCAAAAAUCUUACAGCUGGAUUCCAAUGGGAAGAUAAGAAAUGAGUUUGAGCAUUUUCUGUUGAGCGAUAUUUCCUCGAUGGAUCACCAUGACGACAAAUUGAUUGCCGCAUCCAGCAAUGGCAAUGUUCUCACGUGGGAUUUGGAAACGUUCACUGCUUUGUACUAUAUCAACACAACAAACAACCCCAAAAUACAAAGUCUUGAACUGUACCUUCGCCAGUUAACGCUUUCAUAUGAUGUCUUGCUCGAGGCUACUCUGAAGCAAGGCGAAGAAAAAAGAGUUCUACUCGUAAAAUCUCUGAAGAACAGAGAGGUUAGUGCUACAACAGGCACACUGCUGACAAUAGGAGAUCUUUACAUUACGGCAUGGUCAACGACAAUAAACGGAGGACUGAUAAGUAGGUUCAAGGCAGUCAUACAAGAUGGUGCUAAGAUUACUUGCGUGUCACUUUCUGAAAGUGAAACAAUUUUACUGACAGGUGAUAGCUAUGGAGUAGUUUGUUUGUAUGAUAUUGAGGAUUUUGGUCUUCAAACAAAUGAUGAUCUGGAAUAUGAGACAAUCAGUGGCUGGAUAUACCCUUCUCAACCAACUCCACUGAUAGCCUCGUGGAAAGCCGGGACUUCUGAGUUGAUAAGUGUUGCAUGUGACCCUGCUUGCGAGAAAAUAAUUACAGCAGAGGUGGAUUACAACGUGAAACUCUGGUCAAGCACUGGUACCUUUGUUGGCAUCUUUGGAAAGGAUCGAUGGGUGAACAUGGUUCCAAAACAAGUUCCGGCGGUAGAAGACAUAGAGAUAACUGGUCCAGAGAGUUUGCCACAAGAAGAAGAAAAAGCUUCAGAUGGCAUGGAGUUUGACUACAUGAUCUACAAACAACCGUUUUUGUUAACUUUAAUACAUUAUCUUCAAGAGACAAAGUACAUGCAAUGUUUGACGAGGCCAUUGCCGGAAAAUUCUUCUCCUAUUGACAUUUCAGUUGAAGGUGCAAUUGCUCAGUUUGCUAAAGUUAGGAAGGAAUUGCUCUUCAUGAAAAAACUGAAGCAAAUGUACUAUGAAGAAUUCCGUGGCAAUAAAAUAAGAUAUCUGUCUGGACUUUUCAACGUGCCUAUAGAGCCGGAAACAUCCACAAAAUCUCCAAGUGAAGACGAGGAGAAAAAAGCUGAACAACCUACGGAUGAGGUCCAGGUGCAGCCUGAAGGUCUUGAAACCCAACAACCUCCACUUAUCUCAGACAUCACAGCAAGUGAUGAGGUUGAAGAAGCGGAAACAUCAGAAACAUCUGAAGGUGAUUAUCCAUUGGCUGGCUUUGACAAAACCCAUGAAAUCAUCAAAUUGUUAGAAAGCGAAGAAUUACCGAUAUUAUCAGGCGAAAAGGAAGAGGCGAAGUCAUCUUGGCCUAUGGAAUUAUUACAAGAGGCCCAGACUGAGCCGCCAACAGAUGAAACGGAAAGUCAGGGCCUUUUGGAAAAGCUGCCUAUGAAGAAAACAAACCUUGAUAAACUACUAGAUAAACUGCUAGCAUUGCCACCACAGAUCCAAGAAAGGCCUCGGUUGAGUCGGUCAGAAAGUGUAAGGAAGAGCAUAUUUGAAAAGCAGUUGAAAAGUGAUGAUAUUGAAACUCCAGGUGUCAUUUUGUCAUUAUCAGAGAGAUUAAAAAUACUUAAGUCAAUCCAGGAACAAUUUGACUUACUUGAACCUGAAGAGUCUGUAAUUGAGGAGGUUAAAACACCUGAAAUGCCCUCUCCACCAUUACCACAAAUAAAAAUGGUAAGGUUCACAGAUCCACUUGAGCAGCCAAAACUUGCCGAGUCCCUUAGACAUAAGGCUGGGCAAAAAAAAAGUGUUCUGAGAAAUGCGGACGAAGUAGAACAAAUGCCUGUACCUCCAGCAAAGACCCCAGAGGAGCUGCUGCCUUCAGUUGUUCCAUUCCACGAAAGCCGAUUUAUGCAGCUAGAUCGAGAGAAGCUUGACAAGCAUCCCAUCAGUGAUUCGAAAAUGUUUGGAGUUGGUCCAUCUCCGCAGACGUCAGUCACUAAAAUCGAUCUUAUGAGUAGAGCAGAAAGGAAGCGACAAAAAGAAUCAAUCACCGAAAGGAUUAAAGCCCUACAUGAUGGCCUACCCUUUAGACCUGUGACGACACAAGCCGAAAGUCAGAUUAAAGCAAUGAGAAAGACCUCUCGUACUCCUUCAUUAACGCCACCAUCCAAAAAGGCUUCUUUAAUCCCAACACAGCCACCCAAGCUGAGCUUGACUCCUGCAAGUCAAGCUCAGCCAUUCAGCAUCUCAAGACUAAUCAUGAGCAGAUAUAUGGAUGAGAAGGAAACGAUAGUCGAACCAUCAACUUUAAUGAAGGUGGAGCCCAUGAAGCCAACAACGGCCCCCGAAGGCCCUUCCAAGGUGGCAACCACGCAGAGAGGCAGAAGAGGCUCUGUGUCUGAGGUGGAAACAAAAGUUCAACCAAAAACGGCUGAGAGCGAAGAAAAGCCACAGCCUGCUCCUGUGUCCAAGCGUAAAAAAUCCAAGUGCUCAAGAGGACAUAUACACGAAGACGACGAGAUUUGUAUUGAAGAAUCGCCUUUAAAAAUGCUACAGCUCUCAGACAGCGACGACGAGUUGCAUCCUCCACAGAAACCUGCGGCCCAAGAACAGAAGAAAAGAAGACGGUCCACAAAAGUGUCUGUUCAGGAGAAGAGAAAAUCUGUUCAAGCACAGGCGUCACCAACAUCCAAACCUUUGGAAAAGCCAGAGCGCCCGCAGGUUAAACUGAAGCCGCCUACUCCCCCGACUCGAUCAGCCACGGCGUUUGAGGUGGCGAGAAUACGCAGGUGCAGAUUCGGACAUUUGUACGCAGUUGAAAAACGUCUUCCAGUUUUGCCGCCAAUAACGAGAAAGGCAUCCCGUUCAUCGACUCAACAACGGCCACGUUCAUCGUUGUCUUCUGAAAGAAAAGCUUUCCUGAUAGAUCAUUCACACAAAUGCAUCAGUGAAGCCAUGCACGCGAAGAGAACAAAUUUUCUUUUAUUACCACCAAUAUCAGAAAAGGCGGCGUCCCCUGCAGAUCAAAUGGAGGUGAGCGACAGGGACGAACUCCAACGGAGACCUGAGGUGUCGGAAGAUGUGGAGACCACCCCAGAUUCAGAACCACAAGCUCUGGAGAAAACCGAGGAGGUUCACAAACAAAUUAAACAUGUACACUUUGAACCAGAGUAGAGUCUUCUGAACAGAAAAAAAGAACAGAAUUGCAUUUGGUCGGCUUUAGGAAUUUACCAAUUCAAUACACUGUGUGUGUUGUCUUCUGGUCCAUCAUUUGGGGUUUUCUCCGGGCGCCCCGGUCUCCCCUCCACCCCAAAAAACCCUGUUUCCAUAUAAAGACUAACUUUGAAGUGUAAAGGAGUUUA